AUGUGGGCUGGGGAAGUAAAAAAAGAUGAAGCAGCUUUGGUGGUUCAUACAUAUCCAUUGUGUAAAUAUAGUGACAUGCCAGAAGAAAUGAAGCAAGAAGCCAUAGAAACAUGUGUUACUGCUGUAGAAAAAUAUUCAGAAAAUUAUGAACAUGCAGCUCGCAUGAUUAAAGAUAAUCUGGAUAAGAAAUUUGGAUCACCUUUCCAAGUGGCAGUUGGGGAAGCUUAUGCUUGCUCAAUUACAUACCAAAAAAAAUCAUUGUUAUACAUGUUUAUUGGUGGUAACAUAGCAGUUCUUGUAUGGAAGACAAUUACAGAUUUUUGAUGAGCCUUAAAUUAAAAACUCAGUUAUGUGUGUGUGCAGCUUUAUCAAAUACCGUGUAUCAUUUUCUUAAAUACAUAUCUAUUUUCUUACAAAAAAUAGACUUUAGAAAUAGGGUCGAAUCUUAUAAUUAUACAAUAUUGUUUGCCUAGUUGUUAAACAAUAACAGAUAAUUCAAUAAGUUUUGUCAAAAAAAAUAUUUUAGUUCAUUAUA